AUUUUAAAUAAAUGAAUAUUCAAGAAGAACAUGUUAGAUAAAAAUUAGAAAAAUAUGAAUGCAGAAAUCGAGGAAUGUGUACGAAAUAACACGACAUGGGGACAAUUACCUGCACACGUUAAACAGAUUUUAAACAAUUCUUCAAAGGCAUACGAAAGAUAUAUCGUAUCUUUUAGCAUUAAGAAUCAACUUAGGUAUAGGGGAAAUUUAGUUCGAAAUAUAUUAAGGGAUGAAAAACGUUAUUAUGAACGAGUUGUUAGCUACAGCCGAGAGAAACUUAUGUUAUUUCCAUAUCACCUAGCAGAUAUGGUGGUUAAAGGUCUACGAAUAACACCAUUUAAUUAUUACAUUUCAGUGGUGGAAAAGCUUAUGCAAGCUGAAAAAAGCUAUGACACUCUACCAAAUUUUACUGCAGCUGACUGUUUACGGUUGCUGGGAAUAGGUAGAAAUGAAUACAUAGAGCUUAUGAAUAGAUGUAGGUCAAACAGAGGAAGGCUGUUUGGCAAAAAAAAUGUUAAAGGCUUAUUACCUAAAGUUCCCUGCGAAAUUCACAUUGAACCCUGGUGGAGAGUGGAGGUGGGCUUAGUUUUGGAGGAGGAUGUCAAGAUGCUGAAUGAAGAAGAGAUUGCUGUCAUUGAUAAGCUUAUAGAUUUAGGUUCUGUAAAUGCUGGAGAAUUAAAUUAUGAUAUAGUUUUGUCAUUGUACAAGAAGGGCCUAAUAUACUUAGACGUUCCCAUAACUGCAGUUGAUAGAGUACAAGUUCCUCCCCUACAAGGGUUUGUAAUGAAUAGGAUUUUAGGAGACUAUUUUGAGACUUUGUUGUAUAAAAUUUUUGUUUCCAUUGAUGAACACACCACUGUUGGAGAGUUAUCUGCAGUUUUACAAGUAGAAACUGAGUUGGUAAAACAAGCAGUUUCUUUAUACUGUAGGCUGCAAUUUGCCAAAAAAAUUGAUCCUGAAACUGAGCAGGACAUUCUUAAAAAACACCUAUCUUGGAAUAGUUUGCCCAUUUCUGGUUCCAGAAAUAGUAUGGACAUUACUCCCUUAACAUUAAACCUGGACCCAAAUGAAGUCCAAAAAAAGCAAGACUUGCAAUCACCACAAUCAGAACUACCAGAUAGUCCAGCAAGUUCAACGUUAACAAGAAAAGGACAAAGAAUUGCAUUUUUAUUUGAUUCAACUCUGACAGCAUUUCUAAUGAUGGGUAAUUUAUCACCAGGUCUAAAAAAACACGCGGUCACAAUGUUUGAAGUGGGCAAACUGUGCGAUGAAAGUCUGGAUAGUUUUUUGGCGGAACUUGAAAAAGUGUCAGUUUUGGAUGCUGAAGGUGAAGGAGAGGCUAGAAGAUUUUUCGACCAUGCUGUCAUCCUGAGAUCCACGGUAUUAGCAUUAAGAAAACUGCCAAGUCCUGGACUUGACCUGGUGAGGCUGGAAAGUUUGCAUUCCUUGGAUGAGGCUACAUGCUUAAGACUGCUACAAAAGAAAUAUAAGCUUUUGGUAUCCAUGGCACCAUUAAGUCGCGAAGUUCGCCCUAUAACCAGCCUUUUACCCCCUCACUUGGGACCAGCAGUACCUGAAGUAAACACCUUGUGGUUCAAAAUAUUUUUAUAUCACCGAACUGGAUACGGACCACCAUCUCUUCUUCUAACAAAAGGUACCAUCUUGAAGCAGCUCCCCCGUGUCUUCUUGGGAUACUCCAGACUGCUAGUGACUACGUGGCUUCACGAGCCUGCCGUGAUACCGAUAUCGAAUGUUCUUUUCGUAAACGCAGCCUUGCAGUUUUCGCCCGUGCUGAUCCAGGCUUACGGGGUGCACCAACCUGCGCAGACGUACAUCGUACCGUUUCCGUUUACGCAGGGUACUCCUGGGAAAAACUCUUACGAAAGCCCGACGGAUAUUUUGUUUAGAAAACACCCAGCAGUUAAGUGUCUUCUGGAUUUAGUUGAUUUGGAACAUAACUGCGGGUACAUGACGUUUGUGAAUAUCGGGGUUUUGGAUUUUGGAUGUCCGAAUAGAGAAUCUGUCGUCAGAUUAGGAAGAAAUUAUAGACCACCUAGCAGUAAAGUGCAGAAAGUAAAAACUGACAACAACAAACCCGAACCAACGUCGAUAUCAAACGAAAAUUUCUCCUUGACAAUCAGUAAAACCCCCUCCAACCCUGCCGAACCUUCGUCCGAAAAGAAAGAUGAGGUUGAAAGACUCCUCCAAAGUCCCGACGAAUCCCAUUUUGCACUCACUCCCGUCACAAACAGUCAAUCCUCCUCCCCGGCCAACGGGUUCACGUGUCAAGAAUCCAAUACAUUGCUCCAAGAAGAGCUCGACCAGCUGGCGAAACAAGACGAUGUUGAGACCAAUUCCAGUGGUUCAGAUUUCGUGAUAACAAACUCGGCUUCGUUGGAUUGCCUUAUGAGCCCUACCGACGAAAAUAUCAGCAUGUUUACCAGGGUUAACGAGGAAACCACGUCUGUUUCAGAGAGUGAAUCGGAAGUUAAAGAUAGUGAAGAUGAUAAGCCAGAGGUUUGGACCUUACUAGAUUGUCAUUUUGGAGUGCCGCUGUUUGAUGUUAAUGCAAAUACUAAAAUAUGUGAUACUAUUGUUUCUGGCGGUUUGGCAGAAGCAAGCAGUUUGGAUCAUUUAGUGGAAUCAAGUCGAAAACUGGGGGGAAUUUUAUUGGACUUUAUAUCGCAAUGUCAGUACUAUCCUGGUGAAAAUAUGGAAAUAAUGAAGAGAGGAAGACUGGUACCCCUACCAAAGCAUAAUCUUGUUUUUGAUAAUGGCAAGGUCGGUGAGUGGGCUGGCAAGUAGAAAUUGUUCUACCAAAUUAAAGCAAUAUAAUGUUAAUGUAAUAAUAUUAUUUGUUAAAUCAACAAGGUUUUUAUCGCGAGAAAUGAAGCUGAA